AUGGAUCUGGUUAAAGAUGGAGAAACAGGCAAAUCAAAGGGCUAUGCCUUUUGUGUUUACCAGGAUACAUCAGUUCCUGAUUUCGCUUGUGCUGCUCUUAAUGGGGUUAGGAUGGGUGACAAAUCUCUUACUCUUAGACGUAUGAAUGAAGGCACGACGUUUCUGCCCGCACUUGAGAAUGAAAGCCUCUGUUCAUUGCAAGAGCAGCAACGUAUAGCUUUGCAGGAUCUCAUGUUAGAAGAAGUAAGGGUUUCCGGUCAGCCUAAUCCAAAUCUUGGGGGUGUUGAAUUGAGCCCUGGUUCUGCUGGUGUGUUUGGGGAUGCAGAUUGUAUUUUGGUAGAUGGUCUGCCAUGUUAUUUCACUGAAGCUCAGAUUAGAGAGCUGCUAGAGUCUUUUGGACCCCUUCGGGGGAUGGAUCUGGUUAAAGAUGGAGAAACAGGCAAAUCAAAGGGCUAUGCCUUCUGUGUCUACCAGGAUACAUCAGUUUCUGGUAUUGCUUGUGCUGGUCUUAAUGGGAUUAGGAUGGGUGAUAAAACUCUUACUGUUAGACGUAUGAAUGAAGGUAUGACGUUUCUGCCUACACUUGAGAAUGAAAGCCUCUGUUCAUUGCAAGAGCAGCAACGUAUAGCUUUGCAGGAACUCAUGUUAGAGCCUCUUGCAACCUCUAAGGUCUUGUGCCUGACAAAUGUGGUUAGUCCUGAUGAAUUAAUUCACGAUGAUGACUAUGAUGACAUUGUAGAAGACAUCAGAUUGGAGUGUGGGAAAUUCGGUACUCUGUUGAACUUGGUCAUUCCUCGCCCUGGUCCCAAUGGCGAUGUUUCACCGGGGGUUGGAAAGGCUUUUCUGGAGUAUGCAGAUGUUGAGAGUGCUACAAAAGCACGGAAUGGCUUGAAUGGCAGGAAGUUUGGUGGAACUCCGUUGGUGGUCAUCUAUUAUUCCGAGAACAAGUUCUCCGAAGGUGAUUAUGGGGCCUGA